GAGGAACCAUUGGUGCCAUCGUCGCCAAGAGAAUGGAGGUGACAGAUCUCCCACAGAUGGUCGCCUUGUUCCACAGUCUGGUGGGUAUGGCCGCCGUCCUCACCUGUAUCUCCAACUACAUGACCGAGUUCACACACUUUGCCACCGACCCCGCAGCCGGUGCUAUCAAGUCUGCCCUGUUUUUUGGUACCUGGAUUGGUGGCAUCACCUUCACUGGCUCUCUGGUGGCAUUUGGCAAGCUGCAAGGUCUCCUGAAGUCCGACCCUCUGUUGCUGCCGGGCAGACAUCAGCUGAAUCUUGGCCUGCUUCUGGCUAAUGUGGCAGCCGCAGGGCCGUACAUGAUGAGUGCCUCGUACGGAGUAGGUCUGGGCAUGUUGGGAGCUACCACCGCGCUCUCCAGUAUCAUGGGCGUCACACUGACAGCUGCUAUUGGAGGUGCUGACAUGCCAGUGGUGAUCACAGUGUUGAACAGUUACUCUGGCUGGGCUCUCUGUGCCGAGGGCUUCAUGUUGAACAACAACCUCAUGACCAUCGUAGGCGCUCUCAUUGGUUCCUCUGGAGCUAUCCUCUCCUAUAUCAUGUGUGUGGCCAUGAACAGAUCCCUGCCUAAUGUUAUCCUGGGAGGCUACGGCACGUCUUCCUACGCGGGCGGGAAAGCCAAGGAGGUAACGGGCACCCACACAGAGGUCAAUGUCCAGGAGACCGUUGACCUGAUUACCGAGGCGCAGAACAUCAUCAUCACCCCCGGUUAUGGUCUGUGUGUCGCCAAGGCGCAGUACCCUGUCGCUGAGAUGAUAGAACUGCUCAGGUCCAAGGGGAAGAAUGUGAGGUUUGGAAUUCACCCUGUGGCAGGUCGCAUGCCAGGCCAGCUGAACGUGUUGUUGGCAGAAGCCGGCGUAGACUACGACAUCGUACUGGAGAUGGACGAAAUUAACGAUGACUUCCCAGAGACUGACCUUGUCUUGGUGGUGGGUGCUAACGACACCGUCAACUCUGCCGCUGAGGAAGAUCCCAACUCCAUCAUUGCUGGCAUGCCUGUUCUGAGAGUGUGGCAGUCUGGACAG